UCACCACAUGCAAAGGGGUAGGGCUGCUAUGGAAUCGGUAUCUGACAUUGGGCAGCAAUUGAAAACAGCAGUUGGUGUGGACAGAGCAGAUAUAGUCAGAUCUAUAUUGUCGACAUUGCAACAAAAUAAUAAAGACAUACUUCAGAGUGUAUUGAGUGAAGUAAAUAAUGAAGAUGGAACCUUACUUCACAUGGCUGCCAAGGGUGGUAAGACAGACAUAGUACGUGCCCUACUGUCCGCAGGUUCGGACCCUGGCAUACACAAUGCUCAAGGAAAGACUGCCUUUGACCUCUCGUCAGAGUUCACCCAUGUCAUCACUGUGUUCAAUGAAGAACUUCUGCAGGCUACAGCUCAGUCAAAUGUUGGUCGUGUGUGUCAGCUGCUCGCCUCAGGUGUAAAUGUCAACCUGUCCGACAGUGCAGAAAGUGGAAACACCCCACUACACUGGGCGGCUAGCUAUGGUUCAGCAGAGAUGGUCCAGUGCCUUUGUGCACGAGGAGCUCUGGUGGACGCAGUGAGUGUGGCAGGCUAUACACCUUUACAUGAUGCGGUGCGGAGAAAAGAUCUGGCUGUGGUCCGAGAAUUACUGGUAUACGGGGCAGAUCCAAAUACAGAGAUAAAAAUGGGGAAGGAUCAAGGUAAAAAUGCCAUUUCUCUAACAAUUGAUUCUCCUGAGAUUGUGGAGCUGCUGAAGAACCCGCCUCCUGUCGUAGAACCAGAGCAACCCAAUACACAACUUCACAUAGAAGAUAAGCUGGUUAGGGAGACAAGCAAUAAAGACCCAGAUCAGACCCCUCCCCUCAACACUCCUAAUGGUGUCAUCCCAAAUGGACCUGAAUCUCCACAGCUCAAAACACCAACUUUCAUGCGGAGUUUGUCCUACAACCAAGAUGAGAUCCAACAGGUAGUUACAGAGGAGAAGAUGGGCUUACUGUGGCCGCAACCACAGCACAUCCUUCAGAAGGACGGCAACCCAUUCUCUCCACAGAGGCCUAGUGUUCCCGUCUAUGUGUCUGCCGGUCCAUCACACAGCUGUCGGGAGAUUAUACAACAGCUGAACGUCCGUAAGGGGAUGUUUGAGUUCCUGGGUUACGAACUAGAGGUGGACACUUUUACACCACUCUCAGACACUGGGAUCCCGCAUAUCCUCUGUCACGUCAACAAACGCCUUUGUCCGCUAUGGGCCUCUUACAAACUCAUCGUGUCCAGUACCCAGGUGAAGGUGAUUUGUGGAGACCUGAAUGCUCUACACAGUGCCAUAUCGACAGUCUACCAACUGUUUCUACUGUAUUUUGAUGAAGGCCGUUCUUCUAUACCCCCAAUAUUGGUAGACGACUGGCCAGACAUAUCGUAUAGAGGUGUAUUAUUGGAUAUCUCCAUGGGACGCCUGACAAGCAUGGAUGUUCUUAAGACCACUAUGGAAUAUUUAGCCUUGCUAAAAAUUAACCAGGUUCAUCUUUUCUGUAGAUUCUCCACUCAAAAGACACCCGCAUGGCAGCUGGCAUAUAGUAAAAGUGCUUUGUUGGGGUUUGAGAACCACUGUACUGCCCUCGGUAUCCAGGUUAUACCUAUCCUAGAGGUGGCGCCACUUGUCCAGUUUGAGGACAUAGAAGAGUUGUAUGAUGUUUUCCAGGAUUUCCUCUCCUGUUUUCCUGAUUCACAGUUUGUGAGUCUGGGGCCGCGUCUGAGUAGCUUUGUGCUGGACACAGACGAAGGCCAACUGGACAUGACGGACUGUGUGAAGAUGUUACCUCUGGGACAACACCACACGAUACAGCUGUGUGGCUACCCUCUACACGAACUUAGUACCGACCUGUUACAACAAUUACCGCCAAGUGUUGUCAUCAAUGAGUACGGAAUACAGGCUGACUAUGAUUUCAGAAGAUUCUGUCGACCGCUGUCUGAUCUAGGUAUCAAUUUCUGUGUGUGCCCUGGCACUGCUUCAUGGAACAGUUUCUCUGGGUGUCCUGAAGCAGCAGUGAACAAUAUCUACAGAGCUGCCAAAUGUGCUGUCAAUCAAGGUGCCAUCGGCAUGGUAACAUGCAAUUGGUCAGGAAAGGGUCACUUGACUCACCAGCCAUUUUCCUGGCCAGGCUUUCUCCUUGGGGCUGGGCUAGGCUGGAAUUCAAGCUGUCAUCAGGAUUACCUGUACAGCAAUUUGUCCGAGUUAAUGAAUCGUUACGUGUUCAGAGAUGUCAAGUCUGUAGUGGGUCAUGUCAUAGUGGAGCUUGGUCGAGCAGAAACCUACCUCAUACGCUGUGCCCGUGGACAGUCAGGUAACGACUGUCAAAGACUGCCAGAUGACCAGGGUUCCACCAUGUUCCAGUUCCUCCUGGGUCCAGACUCUGUACCACUUGAACAUAUCACUAUGGAUGCCAUACAGAGGACAAUGAAGCAUGUGAAGCGCUGUCACACAGAGCUAGAAAACACAGACAUGCAUUGUACCUGUAAUGAUCUCAUUCUGGCCGAACUCCAGCUCACCUGUGACCUCAUGAUGUUUGGCACUAGGAUUUGUCGAGCGUUAAUUUUGUCAGGACGAAACCCUGCAGGUCAUAAUGGGUUUCCUGUUGUCAACUUCGGGAUCAGUAAUCUACCAGCUACAGCUAAGACGGACCUUGCCAACAGGUUGCUGGAGAUGUUGGAACGAUACAAGACUGUAUGGAAUGGGCGUUACUUAGAACAGAUCGGACGACAGGAGUCCCUAAACACUCUGCACACACUUCUAAAAACAUUCCUACCUGACCAGGAGACAGCUGAACUCCUACAAGCCAAGGAUUGAUGACCCCAUAGCCUUAUUCCUAGAUACACAUCGUCAUAUCUUCUUGAUUGAAUCACUCCUAGAUACCAGAAAAGAUGUUGCGGACCGAAUAACAAAGUCUAAAAUUGGACUGGGUUAUGUGAUGUCAAAUUCUAGAUCUGUAAGGUCUUUAAUGCUGAAGAUUUCAGCUGUUUGACAAAUAAAGAGAGGAUCAUAAAAAAAAACUAUUUGGCCAAAAAAGAAUAGUUACUUGGUUCUCAGGCCCUUCCUCAUCUACUUUGAUGUAAAAAAAAAAAAAAAAAAAACCUGCAUCAUUAACAAAACUAUCUCCUGUAAUAUCCAUUAUAUUUAACCAUAAAAUUAGAGGAUGUGUUGGUUAAUGUGAAACAAAGACAAAGAACCAUCAUGACAAAUCAUUGUUUCCCACAUUUUGAAGCAGCUAGAUUAUAUAAAAAAUGGAUAUUGAUUUGUUUGAAAAAUAAGAAUAUAAAGAAUGAAUUCCCUCCCUCAUCUCUUUUUAGAAAAGUUAGGCCCAAGAACUAAGUCAUUAAUUUAAUUAGCCUAUAUAUCUAAUAUGUGUAAACCACUAACAAUAGAUCCAAGUUUAUGAAGAAUAACUAUUAAAAUAAAUGAUUAAUUUAUUGGGAUUUAUUUAACAUUUGACAUUUGAUAAACCAUUCCAUCUAAAUCUCUUGUUAAAUAUCUAUUAGGAAGGUUCACAAUUCUUGAGAAAAAAAUAUUUUAGCUUAUUGCUGGAUAGGUCAAACCUG